UUUGGCACUAACAAAAGAGGAGUAUAAAUACGCUCACUUGUUCUUGUUUUUCCUCUCGUAAACCCUAGAGAUUAGAAGAGGCGAGCGUCGACGCAGAGCUCGGUUCUAGGGUUUGUAUCGAGAGAGAGAUCAAAGCAGGAUGACCGUUAAGCGAAGGAAUGGCGGUCGCAACAAGCACGGACGUGGGCAUGUCAAGUUCAUCCGCUGCUCCAACUGCGGCAAAUGCUGUCCUAAGGACAAGGCUAUUAAGAGGUUUCUCGUGAGGAACAUCGUCGAACAAGCCGCCAUCAGGGACGUGCAAGAAGCUUGUGUUGUUGACAACUAUGCUCUUCCCAAGCUGUACGUGAAGAUGCAGUACUGUGUUUCAUGUGCUAUUCACUCACACGUUGUGAGGGUGCGAUCUCGCACAGAUAGGAGAUGCCGCGAUCCCCCGCAGCGCUUUAGACGCAGGGAGGAUCUGCCAAAGGGCCCUCAAGGUCAAGGGCCAGGAGCUCGCCCUGGCCAGGCUGCUGGUGCACCCGCUGCUCGUCCUUGAAACAUCUCUACAUCUUCUAUGCAGGUUUUGUUGAUCUUGGUGGUGUGAAACUUCAAUUUUACAUUUUAUUUGCAGUUUCAGAACAUUAUUUUGGCUUUGCAUGUCGUAGCGUUAUUGUGUAUUGCAGUUUUUAGAGUCAGUUGUGAAACUGAAGAGGCUGUGGCUGAAGAAAGACCCUGGUGAUUUAUAUAUUUUGGACUUAAGAAACAAACAAUUUUAAUAUUCCCCAUUAAGAUUUAAGUUUUAAUAUUUGCUCAAA